UGUGAGCGGCGCUGCCAUUUAAAGGGGCCGCGACCCCUGUCCCGGCUGCUAGGGAGGGAGGUGGAGAAGGAGCGCGGGGCUGUUCGCUGUCUGCAGUUCUAGGCUUGUAACCGGUACACUAACCCUGCCGCAGCCCUUAUCCAGCCAUCCUCAUGGACCCCGGCGAUUUUCCCAGUCCAUUUGACCCUUUGACCCUGCCGGACAAGCCGCUGGCUGGAGACCUUCCAGUGGACAUGGAGUUUGGAGAAGAUCUACUGGAAUCCCAGACCGCCCCAAGUCGAGGAUGGGCCCCCACUGGCCCUUCACCCUCCUCAGGAGCUCUCGACCUGCUUGAUACUCCUGCUGGCUUGGAAAAAGACCCUGGAGUUCUGGAUGGAGCCACUGAGCUGCUGGGGCUGGGGGGGCUGCUGUACAAAGCCCCCUCUCCUCCAGAGGUGGAACACAGUUCCGAGGGUGCCCUUGUGUGGGGUACAGGGGAGCACACACUAGAGCCUGGACCAGAUGGCCAGCCUCCUGAGGUGUUGCCCCCUGAUCCAGGGGCUGGAGCGAAUCCCUCGUCACCAGAGGGGCUACUCGAGCCUUUGGUUUCCGAUUCCCCAAUAACCCUGCAGUCUCCCCAUAUUGACGACGACGAGACCACUUCUAUGGAUACAGGGAGAAAGGGCUCUUCUGGGCAGGAGGAGGAACUCCCCUCCCAAGGACAGCCACAGAGCCCAAAUGCCCCCCCCAGCCCAUCAGUGGGAGACACUCUGGGGGAUGGAGUCAGCAAUUCCCAGACCAAAUCUGGAGGUCCUAGCCCCUCUGCACAACCUUCCUUGCCAGGAGAUGGCCUGACUGGGAAGGCUCCCGAGAAGCCACCUGAGAGGGUGCAGAAGAGAAGUGAACGCGUUCGGCGGGCAGAGCCUCCCAAACCCGAGGUGGUGGAUUCCACUGAGAGCAUUCCAGUGUCAGAUGAAGAUUCUGACGCCAUGGUAGAUGACCCCAAUGAUGAAGACUUUGUGCCAUUCCGGCCCCGCCGUUCUCCUCGCAUGUCCCUUCGCUCAAGCGUGGCACAGAGGGCCGGGCGCUCUUCGACAGCCACCAAGAUGACAUGUGCACAUUGCCGGACCCCGCUGCAGAAGGGGCAGACCGCCUACCAGCGCAAGGGGCUGCCUCAGCUCUUCUGCUCCUCAUCCUGCCUCACCACCUUCUCCAAGAAGCCCUCUGGCAAGAAGACCUGCACCUUCUGUAAGAAGGAGAUUUGGAACACCAAGGACUCAGUGGUGGCGCAGACUGGCUCUGGAGGCUCCUUCCAUGAGUUCUGCACCUCAGUCUGCCUCUCCUUGUACGAGGCCCAGCAGCAGCGCCCCAGUCCCCAGACGGGGGAUCCCGCUGAUGCCACCCGGUGCAGCAUAUGCCAGAAGACCGGAGAGGUCCUGCACGAGGUCAGCAACGGCAGCGUGGUGCACCGGCUCUGCAGCGACUCUUGCUUCUCCAAAUUCCGGGCCAACAAGGGACUGAAAACCAACUGCUGUGACCAGUGCGGGGCUUACAUCUACACCAAGACCGGGAGCGCUGGCCCUGAGCUCCUUUUCCACGAGGGCCAACAAAAGCGGUUCUGCAACACAACCUGCUUGGGGGCAUACAAGAAGAAAAACACACGUGUGUACCCAUGUGUCUGGUGCAAGACCCUGUGUAAGAACUUUGAGAUGCUAUCACAUGUGGAUCGUAAUGGCAAGACCAGCUUGUUCUGUUCCCUGUGCUGUACCACCUCUUACAAAGUGAAGCAGGCAGGGCUCACUGGCCCUCCCCGACCCUGCAGCUUCUGCCGCCGCAGCCUCUCUGACCCCUGUUACUACAACAAGGUUGAUCGCACAGUCUACCAAUUCUGCAGCCCCAGCUGCUGGACCAAGUUCCAGCGUGCAAGCCCCGAGGGGGGCAUUCACCUGAGCUGUCACUACUGCCACAGCCUCUUCAGUGGCAAGCCUGAGGUCUUGGACUGGCAGGACCAGGUGUUUCAGUUCUGCUGCCGAGAUUGCUGUGAGGACUUCAAGCGUCUCAGGGGUGUGGUGUCCCAGUGUGAGCAUUGCCGGCAGGAGAAACUCCUGCACGAGAAGCUUCGAUUCAGUGGGGUGGAGAAAAGCUUCUGCAGUGAAGGCUGUGUGCUGCUCUACAAACAGGACUUCACUAAGAAGCUGGGGCUGUGCUGUAUCACAUGCACUUACUGCUCUCAGACUUGCCAGCGUGGGGUCACGGAGCAGCUGGAUGGCAGUGCCUGGGACUUCUGCAGCGAGGACUGUAAGAGCAAGUACCUGCUGUGGUACUGCAAGGCUGCCAGGUGCCAUGCCUGUAAACGCCAGGGAAAGCUACUGGAGACCAUCCACUGGCGCGGGCAGAUCCGUCAUUUCUGCAACCAGCAGUGUCUGCUGCGCUUCUAUAGCCAGCAGAACCAACCCAACAUGGAUACACAGAGUGGGCCCGAGAGCCUCCUGAACAGUCAGUGUUCUGAGUCAAAGCCCCAGACCCCCUUGCAAACCAAAGUGGAGAAUAGCAACACAGUGAAGACCUCGGAGGUACAAGUGAACCUGAACAAGAUCCCUACAAAGACCCGCUUGACUUCGGCUGUUUCCACUCCUCCACCACCUCCGCCCCCAGCCACCCCUCGCAAAAACAAAGCUGCCAUGUGUAAGCCACUGAUGCAGAACCGGGGGGUCUCCUGCAAGGUGGAGAUGAAGUCCAAAGGGAUUCAGACAGAAGAGUGGAAACCACAAGUGAUUGUGCUGCCAAUCCCAGUGCCCAUCUUUGUGCCAGUGCCUAUGCAUCUGUACUGCCAGAAAGUCCCGGUGCCUUUCUCAAUGCCUAUCCCGGUGCCUGUGCCUAUGUUCCUGCCUACUACCUUGGAGAGCACAGACAAGAUCGUGGAGACCAUUGAGGAGCUGAAGGUGAAGAUCCCCUCGAAUCCCUUAGAGGCCGACAUCCUGGCUAUGGCAGAGAUGAUUGCAGAGGCUGAAGAAUUAGACAAGGCCUCAUCUGACCUUUGUGAUCUUGUGAGCAACCAGAGUGCAGAGGGACUUCUAGAAGACUGUGACCUGUUCGGACCAGCCCGAGAUGAUGUCCUGGCCAUGGCUGUUAAGAUGGCCAAUGUCUUGGAUGAACCUGGACAAGACUUGGAGGCGGAUUUCCCCAAGAGUGAGCACUCCCAAGAUCCUUUGGACAUUAACCCCAGCGUGGACUUCCUCUUUGAUUGUGGCCUAGUGGGACCUGAGGACGUGCCUACUGAACAAGAGCUUCCCCGAACCAUGAGGAAGGGUCAAAAGCGGCUGGUGCUUUCAGAGAGUUGUUCCCGGGACUCUAUGAGCAGCCAACCUAGCUGUACUGGACUCAACUAUUCCUAUGGAGUAAAUGCUUGGAAGUGCUGGGUGCAGUCGAAAUAUGCCAAUGGAGAAACCAGCAAGGGGGAUGAGCUGCGCUUUGGCCCCAAGCCUAUGAGGAUCAAAGAGGAUAUUCUGGCCUGUUCAGCUGCUGAGCUCAAUUAUGGACUUGCCCAGUUUGUGAGAGAAAUUACCCGGCCCAAUGGUGAAAGAUAUGAGCCUGACAGCAUCUACUAUCUGUGUCUUGGUAUCCAACAGUACUUGCUGGAAAAUAACCGAAUGGUGAACAUUUUCACGGACCUUUACUACCUGACUUUCGUUCAAGAACUCAACAAGUCUCUGAGUACCUGGCAGCCCACGCUCCUCCCUAACAAUACAGUGUUCACCCGGGUGGAGGAAGAGCACCUCUGGGAGUGUAAGCAGCUCGGGGUCUACUCACCCUUCGUCUUGCUCAACACCCUCAUGUUCUUCAACACUAAGUUCUUUGGGCUGCAGACAGCUGAAGAGCACAUGCAGCUCUCUUUCUCCAAUGUGGUGCGACAGUCCCGCAAGUGUACCACCCCUCGGGGUACCACCAAGGUGGUGAGCAUCCGCUACUAUGCACCUGUCCGCCAGAGGAAAGGGCGAGACACAGGCCCUGGGAAACGGAAGAGAGAAGAUGAUGCUCCUAUCUUAGAGCAGCGUGAGAACCGCAUGAAUCCCCUGCGCUGCCCUGUCAAGUUCUAUGAGUUCUAUCUCUCCAAAUGUCCUGAAAGCCUCCGGUCACGCAACGAUGUGUUCUAUCUGCAACCUGAGCGAUCGUGCAUCGCUGAGUCGCCUCUCUGGUAUUCCGUGAUCCCUAUGGACCGCAGCAUGUUGGAGAGCAUGCUUAAUCGCAUUCUCGCCGUGCGUGAGAUAUACGAGGAGCUGGGUCGUCCGGCGGACGAAGACCUGGACUGAGCCCUCGCAUUCGCUGGCACCAACUUUCACACCGUUGUCUGUCCUGUGACCAUGCCACCCGAGGCCACUGGCCCAGGAACCAACAGUUUCGAAGGGCCCUCACUGCCCUUUUCUGCUCAUCCAUUCCCUGCCCUCCCUAGGAACCUCUGGCUUUUACCUCUUUCCAUACCACUUGAUACCCACAGGGCCCCAGUCCUCUGCGCUGAAGGGGGCUGGUCCCACUGAUGGGCAAAUCCCCAGGUAGGCCAUUUUUGAUGUUUCAGAGUAAAAGCCCUUUUCAUGGGCAUACUCUGGGUGGCGUGUUCAUAGCUCUCACUAUCCUGUUGGCUCUGGGGUUCCCAACGCAUCCCAUGUAAGUAAAAUCCCUUGUUUCCUGGUUUGAGCAAGGGAACAAUCCAGCUGCCUUCUCUGUCCUGUGCCCAAUCUCUUCUCUCCUCUUCCCUUGUUCACGCUACUCAGUGGUCUGCGUUGAAAGGGAUAAAAGUAAUGAGGGGAUCAUUUACUUCAUACACAGAGCUUAGCCCACCCUUCCUGUGAGAUCACUGGUUCUUGGACUCCCCUCACCUCCUUGUUCCCCUUCCUCACCCCUGCAAGCAGUCACUCGUUUGUGCUGCAGUUAAAAAUGCUUUUGUUCUCCCUCAAGGCAGAGAAUGACUUUAAAUAUGGGGAGUAGAUUUCUGUCCCCUUGGUAUGUGUUGUCUAUCUCUGCCGUGUUAGGUUGGCAUGAGCCUUGGUGUCAACAUGCAUAGCCUCCUCUGUAACUGCCUCCCUUUAGUUCAGUGAACAGACUUCCCAAGGCAAAAACUAUCUUCUGACUUGGGCUGGGGCUUGGUUGCCCUCUCUUGUUCUUUCUUCCCUUUCCUGCCCUCUCCCACCCCCCAUUGUAAGAGCUAGGCCAUGUCUGGGGCCCCUGGGUCAUGCUGGAUCUUAUCUGUGGUCAAAAGAAAGGUUUGAGGGGCUGUGAGCUUGGGUCCUGCACCCAAGGCCCACAUCUUGUGUGUCCCUCAUCUUGCCCGUGUACUUCCAGAAGGUGCAAAGUGACCGGCAGGGGAGGGGGUUCCCAGUUUCCCUGUUGGCUUUGCUGUUUCCCUGCCUCCUUUUUUGUGUUUUUAUAACUGUCAUCGGUUUAGCCACUGUUUAAAUUGUACAUAUUGUUCUCAGGUGCCUGGCCUGUCCCUUCAGUGAGCCAUGCCCGCCCUUGUGUUGUAGUGAGAAGCUGUUGUCACGACUAACUUGUCUCUGAAAAUUGUUUGUUUCCAAUAAAGAGUUCAAAUGG